CGAGAUUGUAAACAAAAAUGGCUACCUCUGCAAAGGAAAAAUUCGAGGCAGCUGUAAAAGUAAUCCAAAAUCUACCUAAAGAAGGAUCAUUCCAACCAUCCCAUGAGUUGAUGUUGAAGUUCUAUGCCUAUUACAAGCAAGCCACAAUAGGAAAAUGCACUCAUCCAAGACCAGCCUUUUGGGAGGUGGUCAAGAAAGCAAAAUGGGAUGCCUGGAAUGGGCUGGGGGACCUGUCCAAAGAGGAAGCCAUGCUCAGAUAUGUCGAGGAACUGAAAAGGAUAAUGCUUCAGCAAUCUAGUCCUUGGGAAUCCAUGAGUGAAGAUGAGAUAAUAGAAGCCAUGCCACAGACUGAUAAUGUCACAGGAUUUCUGGAUACUCUGGGAAAUUUCUAUGAGCUGGUGGAUGAGCAGCUUCCAGCACAUGCAGAGAAGCUACGCAGUGUCCAGAAACGCACCCAAGCUAUGGAUGGGGAUGUGGUCGGGGAGUCCGAACCCUCAUCAGGCAGUGAUGCUAGUGCAGAUUCUGUCAUUGAAAAUAGUGGAGGUGGAGAAGAUAAUGGAGAUGUUGUAGAAGAAGAAGAGGCUGAUGUGGUGAAAGUGCCGAAAAUUGACCAAAAUGAAAAUGAACACCUGCCUCCCAGCUACAAGUCAGAUACAGACAGUGAGGGUGAGGUGUACUGUGAUACAUCAGAUCAGCCAGAUCUGGAAACUUUGGCAAAGAUUGCAAGCAAAAAAAGUCACAGUGCCAGAAGGCCGUUGGUUUCCUCUUCUCCUCUCCGAGAAAAACUUAAUGGUUUUGACACUGACUUUCAACCACUGCCCAUGUCUCCUAUAGUGUCAGGACAGACAGACAUGUUGAUGGGUAAAAAUGGCCCCACUGAUAAUCACACACAUUCCAAUCACCAGCCUCAAAGGACAGUGUUGCCUGGAAACAGUCUUGAAAAUAAUGGAAGCUUGGAUUUUGUUGGUCAGUUAAAUCACAGGGGAGGGGAGGACGAAGUUGACAAUCAGUUAGAGCCUCUGGAUGCAUUAAGUGCAAGAGGAGGCGGAGAAACGCCUACACCUAGUGAAAGAGGGAGUCGGAGGCAUAGCAGGAGGGGGAGUGGUGGGAGUGUCAGUAGUAAUAGAGGCAAUCCUGGCCACCCCCAGCACCCUGAUGUCCCGGGGUCCUAUACAUAUGGCAGUGGAGGAGGAGGAAGAGAUGACAGACAAUACCAUGUACCAUAUACAGACAUCAAUGACCAGAUAGCAGCAGCACUGAAUAGGCUCCAACAAGACAUGAACAGUGUAUUAACAAGACUAAACACACUCGAAACACUGUCCAUUGUGCAACAACAGGUUCGGGACCGUGAUGACAACACGAGUAGAAAACCAAACCAGACCUCUUCUUGGUGGCCAUUCCCCAAUUUUUCUGGCAGAACAGUAAUGUUUCUACUGGUCUGGCCAAUUAUAGUACACUGGGUGAUUAGGUUUUUAUCUGGCAGAAGAAGAAGGCCAACACGGUGAAGCAUUAAAAACGCUUGAGAUACAAGGAGAACCUAAGCUUAAUACAUGGAGUCAGUGAAUUCUUUUACCACCAUGAAGUGAAGUGGAUUUCAGACUUAAUUCCUAAUGUGGGUUGAUACCAUGUUUGUGCAAUAGAUGUAUAAAAUCACAACCAUUGUAAUGGAUGUCCAAUAAGUUAUCCAUCAUCUGUGAAGCCUGUAGUAAGUGAUCAUGAGACUGAAAUGAAUUAUAAAAGCCAUGUGCCUUUAUCUGUUGUAUGGUAUGGCAUCCAGUAGGAAUGUGGGCAGUGCAAGAUGACAACACAUGAUCAUAUUGCUGUCUCUGCCAAUGGAGGUGGUUUGUUCGUUUUAUCAGUGUUGGUUUGAUUGUGGACAAGAGGCCUCGAAAAGAUUUUCAUAAAUUUUAAUGCAAUUCAAAUGAUGGACAGUUAUUCAGGUAGGAAAGAAGUUUGGACAGUUUUAAUCUGGGUUUUAUAAUAUGUAUAAAACAAUUUUAACUGACUUUAAAUCAUUGUGAUACACUGAUAAAAAAAAUGUUAGUGACAACUGCACUGAAAAUAUAUCUAAAUGCUAAAAUGCAAAAAAUCAGAAGUAAACUUAUGGCUCAGUCUUGCCAUUCAAAAUGGAUGUCACAAAAUUUGUCAGUGAAACUAUAUUGAACACUUCCACAAAACACAUUGUAUUUCAUAGAUUUCUUGUCAUGAAAUAUAUUUUUUCAUUUAGUCUGUAACAGUAUUGUGAGUAUGCAUAUUAAAUUAUUAAAAAUGAAUCACUCAAGCUGUAAUUAUUUUGUACUUAUGUUCAAAGUUUCUAGUCAUAAGGCAGAAAAUCUAAAAAGAACUGAACCUUGCCUUAUACUGAAUAGGUCACUUCUUCAACAUCAAUUUAAGUAAGUUUUUAUCUUAUUUUGUGAAGUAUUUUUGUGUGGACAAUACUUGAUGGAAGUAUAUUUUAAUAUUUCAAAUGUGAAUAUUGUGAAAAAAGAAAAGGUAAGUUUACAACCAAGAACACAAAAGUCCAUUUCAUGAGGAAAAUCAGUCUUGCAUUUCAAAUUAAUUAUUAAAGUGUUUUGGAUAACUGGACCAUUUUGAACACGCAUGUAAAGUUACUUUCAUAGCAAAGUUUAAAAGAUAAAAUAAAAGUCAACACAAGAA